AUGACAGAACCCGAGGCAGAGCACCAGGCCACUGCCAAUCUCUCCCCUGUCUCACCAUCACCUGUUCAUUCAGCCACAUCUUUGGCAGUUCCUGUACUGCAAGAGAGGGUAGACACCAUUGACGCCAUGGUCGCUGCCGCUUCUGCUGCUGCUGCGGCCGCCGACGCAAACGCAAACACCAAUGUCUCAUUCAACAAGACCCCUAAUCUUGAGCCCAUCUUGGGGGCCGGUGAUGACGAUAUCGUAGAUGACGACAGCUUCAACGACCCGUAUGGUGAGGACGACACAGAUGCGGUCGCCCAGCAAGUGCCACAGCCUCAGGUCGACCAAGAUCUUACCGACAGCAAUGACGAUUACGCAAAGAUGUUUGAUUCACCAAUUGGGCCGGAGGAGGGUGAAGACGGAGACGUUCAACCACAACAUGUAUCAUCCGUACCCCGAGAAUCCAACAAUAUUUCUCUUUUGUCCGAUCGCUUGACAAGUCACACAUCGCAAGUCUCCCAUGCCGUCCAUGAAUCCUCUUUGCCGGCCCAGCAAGGCCAACCCGCGGCAUCAACUACUUCCAAUGCUUCAUCCGAAGCUCGAGGUGUCAGCGUUGCAACUACCACCCCAUCACACUCUUCCAACCAGCCGGUGUCGUCUCCAACAACGACCAAGCUGGAUGCUAGUAACAACGUUGGCUCUGCCAGUGCCUCAACUGAUAUCAAUCGUCUGGUCGCUGAUCUCACUGCACCAGCCAACUCCAACUCCAGUUCCAACUCCAGCACAAAUUUAUCUGCCCCAUUCGCCACAGGUGAACAAUCCCACGACAGUGGUACAACGUCUACAGCCUUCACUUCAUCGGCUUCUCUUCCACCGAGACCGCCGCUGUCACAGACGGUUCCUCAGACGCAUGCCUCUCAGCACCAUCCAGGGGGGGUUAAUGCUAGUAUUUCACCUAGUCUUGCUGCAUCGCUGACGCCUGGACAGCCAUCCACCUAUGUGGCUGCCGGCGCACCCGUUUCAAUUCCCGAUGCAUUGAGUGAAUUCUCAAUCCCUCUUGGCUCUGGCCUCCAGGCGCCUGUAGCCAUCACUUCCAUCAAUGCCCCUCCACAUCCACCUCAGCAUGCCCUCUACAAUGCUGAUCAAGCUCAAGAUGCCGAAUAUCAGCGCCAGUGGGACCAAUUCUUGGCCGACGAGCGCCAGUACAUGUCUGAGGCCAAAUGGGACCGUUUUCCUGAGGGCUCACGCAUCUUUAUUGGUACACGAUCCGCGUCUGGCGCGUCCAAAAACGGCGCUCACAUAUUCUCUACAGGCAACCUCUCGAGCGACAAGGUAUCCAAGCGUGAUGUCUUUGAUCUAUUUCAUCGGUUCGGAAGGCUUGCUCAAAUCUCACUCAAAUCAGCAUACGGUUUCGUACAAUACCAUUCCAUAGAUGAAGGCCACAGGGCGAUUGAAAACCUUCAAGGUAUCGAGAUCAAGGGACGCAGAAUUCAUUUAGAAGUGUCUCGCGUUCAGGACAAGUCCAAGAAGGAACGGGUUCGUAGCCCAGAUAGAAACAAGGCUCGUGACAGUGGACGCCGCAACGACAAACAUGGUAACCAGAAUCGAGACGAUUAUCGAUCAAGUCGCGGCCACUCUCCCCGUAACGACUACGGAAGAGACGAGUCGUAUGGACGCGAUCGAGGCUAUCAUGACGGAGGUAGGGGCCGUGGACGAUCUCGAUCCCCCAGCCAUGGUCGUAACGACAAAGACAAUUACCGACGAAGAAGCCCAAGCCCAAGCCCAUAUGGACGACCUCACCAUGAAGUCGAGCUUGACCUCCCUCGGAGAUAUGGUGCUGACGUCCCUGACGUUCAGGUCAUUCUACAAUCAGAUGUUAACCGCGAUUUUGUUAUCUGGGUGGAGCAAGCUUUCAAGUCCAAAGGUCUGAGAUGUGCGGUUAUGUACCUGCGCUCUAACUUUCCUAAAAACGCGGUUAUUCAACGACAAGCAGCUGAAGGUGUCCAUGCUGUCGUUGACCUGGAUCUUCGGGCACAAACCUUGGGCAAGAUUCCCGUACAGGCAUUUGAUCGCUCAGCAGGGUCUAACAACGUGCGGUAUGAUCAGUACGUAGACCUGGAUCCGUCCACUGCCGCCGAUGUCAUUCUUCGAGCCAAGGCAUCGGGAGCCUCCCCUAGCUAUGGUCAGUCGUAUGGCGGAAAUGGCUACGGCAAUGUUCCAUUUGGUGGCCAGCCCCCGUAUCAAGCGCCAACGACCAGCUAUCCCGCCCACCCACCGCCCGCACAAUAUGGGCAGCAGCAACCUCACCCGGCCAACGUUGCGGACAUCACGAAUCUACUAGGCCAACUCGAUCCUGCAUCGCUUCAACAAUUUUUGGCACAACUCCAAGGCAGUGCCCAUAACCCAGCCCUUGCCCAGGCUGGCGCCGCCACAGCCGGAGUAUCUCAAGCUGAUAUCCAAACACUUCUCGGGAGCUUGGGCGGAGCUCCCGCAGCUCAACAGUCCCAACAACAGCACCAUCCUCCUCCUGGUGCCUAUGGGACUUCCUAUGGAGCACAGCCCUCGUCAAAUAGUGCGCCACCGAACGGGGAUGCAGCUGUCCAGGUUCAAAACAUCAUGGCACAGCUGGCUCGGUACCGAUAG